AUGUCGCCUGCACCAGUCCAAGUCAAUUCCUCCUCCAAACUCCCAUCUCCCGGAUUCAAUGCCGGCGCCCGACCCUACCGUUCCCACAAGGUCCGCGCCUGUGACUUGUGUCGCAAGCGCAAGUCUCGAUGUACCGUUGAUAUCCCCGGUCAAUCAUGUCUUCUAUGUCGCGUGCAAGGUGCCGACUGUCACUAUCAAGAGGAGGCCAACGCGGAUACUUCGGUCUUGAGUGCCCCGGACUCAAAAUCCUGGGCAGGGCCGCCAGCGAUGGAGCCCGUGCCGGGGCAGAAGCGUAAGCGCAGUGACGAUGGACUCGCCCACCUGAGCCAGAAUAUGCCGCCCCGGCAGCCGGCCAAUGGUCCCAGCCCCCCAUGGAACGACUUCAACGAGUCGGUUCUCAUUGUUGGCCCUAUGGUCGCUGAAGAUGCCCAAGUCAUUGAAAAACACAUGCCUCCAGAGCGGAUGAGUCAAUCGGAAGAGCCCAAGAGUCACCCGUACAAUAUCUACUCUAGUGAUCCGCGGAAACCAGUCCUUUACACCACAAUCUCGCGGCGAAGGAAAGGUAUGCGGAGAGGAACGCCUCCUGGUGAGAAUCAGAAGGAGAUCCUCGAACAAAUACUUGGGCCGUUUAAGCACGACCUAGUGAGACUUUUCAUUGAUCGCUUUAACGUUUCUUUUCCGAUCUUCGACGGCGAAUCGUUUUGGGAAUCAUACAUGGCCGAUGACUUGCACGACCCACCAGCUGCACUGGUGUGUCAAGUCUAUUCCAUGUCCCUCGUAUAUUGGAAACACACACAAAAGCUUGCGUGCCACCCGAAACCCGACGUUCGAUAUGCGAUCAACAUGACCGUCGCAGCGUUGCAUGAGGAAUUCUCAGCCCCCGGAUUAGACACAAUCAGCGCUGCGCUUAUCGACCUGACUGGACGGCCCAUUUUCUCCAUGACAGGGAACGCCGUCAGCUGUGGCCCAAUUGGAAGCUCUCACAAGCAGAAAAAAAACCAGCGGAUUCGUUUGUGGUGGGGAGUUGUAAUUCACGAUCGUUGGGGAAGCUUUGGUCAUGGUGUUCCACCUCAGAUUUCCAAAAAUCAAUACGACGUGCCUCUACCCACCGUGGACGUAUUGGUCCCAUCAAACCUCCGCACUACAGAACGUGUGAGAGCAGCACACUGCCAUAUCUACCUAUGCCGGUUGACUGAGACUUUGGGCGAGCUGUUACCACUGGUCUAUGGGUUGCAACACAAACCCGCACGCGAGACAUCCAAGAAGCUCAGACAAAUACGAACAGACCUAGAUAUAUGGGAAGAUUCCUUACCAGAUUGGUUGAGAGGGCCUACAGUCCACUCCGGGGAGCGGAUCUAUGGAGCAAGCAGUUUGCAACUAGCUUUCCUAGCUGUCAAAAUGCUUGUCAGCCGAGUUGAACUAAAUGAAGUCAACAACUCCGAAACGGAAAACACCGAAGCACGUCGCUAUUUCCAAACAGAAUGUAGAAGGUCAGCAGAGGAGAUUGUUGGAUUCAUCACGUCUUUGCGAAAGGAUAAUUUCACAGAGUUUUGGCUACCCUAUAGCGCCUUUCAUCUCACGUCAACGGCGACAUUGCUGGUUCGUUGUGCAUUCGAGACUACCGACAGCGAUGUUGCACGGUCUUGUCUUUCCAACGUCGAAACCCUGCGCUCAGUCUUGCGUCGUGUGCGGGAAGAAGAAGACUGGGAUGUAGCAGACAUGUGUCUGGACCACUGCGAACGCAUUAUGCACCGGCUUCCCGGGACCGGUGCCACAAUGGACCAGGCAUUCACAACCACGAUGGCAGACAGUGGGUUGGUCAACCCGGCCGCAAUAUCGCUGCCAGAGACACAAACAAACAACGACAUCGUUGACGACAUGAUGUCGAUAUCUAAUACUUUUGGAACGAUGGACGGUUUCCCCUUUGACAUGACAGGAAUAUGGGAUGUCUCCGUCUUCCAAGAUGUGAACCUGACAUGA